AUGGCGAGAAAGAAUAUUAUCAGUUGUCUCUUCAAAAUUGUCUAUGAUUUGGUUGUUUCUCUAGAGGUCAUGGAACAUCUAAGUGUCUUAGUAAGUCUGAGUGUAACGCGAGGUCUAGCCUACACCGUUCAUGCCGUGAAUAAGGCACCAUCUUGUUCUCCAUCGUCUAUGUUUCGGUUCAUUACAUGUCUCGUUGCUUCCACUGACAUCUCUGGUGCUUUGUCCUCUGGUAAUCCUGUCUUUUUUCUCCUGUUGUUUCUAAUUAUGGGGUUGAAUCUCAACUUCUUGUUGGCUUACGUCUCGAAUCUUGUUGUCAUUACUGUGGUAUUUGAUCCUCUUGGUCCUAAAUCUUCUUUCAGUGCAUCCUUAAUUGACCAGUACAACUGGCCUACUUACCCAGUAACUCCCUUCAAGUGGAAAGACACUUGCCUGGUUUCGUUCAAUGUACUGAAGCUACAACUUAUCGUGUUAAAGUUUAAGGUAAGGUAUGGAGCUUCCUUGUUUAUAUUGCUCCUUAAUUUACCGAAUGUGUGA